GUGCUUUGAUUAAUUCACUUGACAGGUGGACAGGUUCUCUGAUACCCAAAUAUUAUUUUUAUUUUUCAGAAAUGACUUUUUAUGGCAACAGUUUUUUAUGAUGGAGAAAUCGUUAGAAAAAUAUCUCCUGAAAUGUUCAAUUUGCAAUAAGCCCUUAUCAGUGGCUCCAAUUUAUCAUAAUGAUUUUAUUGGAAGUAUAUGUGGUAGAUGUACAUAUGAAGGUAUAUUAAGUGAAAACGAAGGAUCAUCCUUAGAGAGGCAGAUAAUUUUUGAAGAAGUUGCAAAGCAUUUAACUUUUCCCUGUUCUUAUCAAGCCUUUGGAUGUAAAGUUACGUUAAAAUGGGGCUCUAUUGAAUGUCAUGAAAACACUUGCCCUUUCAACAUUAUUGUUUGCCCCCUUUCACAUGCUUAUUUCCAGAGUACAUGUUCUUGGGUUGAUCAACCACUUCAGUUGGGAGAACAUAUAAAACGAAAACAUAAAAAUAUGUUUAGUAGCCCACCUAAGAUUGAAAUAACUCAAAAUUUUCAAAAUAAGACCAUUUUCUGGGAGUUAAUGGGAAGGGUUAUCAUAAUUUCAUUGAUUUUCAAUCAUGAAAUGAAUAAACAUUUAUGUUUUAUUAUGGGUGAUUUUGCACCAGAAUUAUGUGAUUCGUUCCUUUGUCAAAUAGAAAUUAACAAAGAAAAAAUGACCAAUCCUGUGAUUAUACAGCAUAAGGGUGUACUACCAUUCUGUGAAAAUUAUUUGAAUAAACCAGAAAAGGGCUUCGAAAUAGAUAUAAAUCAUUAUAGAAGUAUGUUGAGUCACCCUAAUGAGUUAAUAUUAACAUUCAAUGUCACAAAAGCAGUGGAUCCUGAGAAAAAUGAAUUUAAUCAACAACUACUACAAUCAUUGGAAUGUCCUAUUUGCCGUGAAUAUAUAAGACCACCAAUCUUCAUAUGUGAAACUGGACAUAACAUCUGUGAGAUUUGUUCAAAAAGAGUUAAUAUGUGUCCUAUUUGUCGGGGCAACUUUUUAGGUGGACGAAAUUUCACCCUAGAAAGCUUCACCUCCAAUCUCGAUUAUCCAUGUGUAAAUCAAUUGCUUGGUUGCUCUUUUAUUGGUAAAGCCCAACUUGUUCAGGAGCAUGAACUUUUUUGUGAGUAUAUUGAAAUAGAAUGUGUGACUCUAAAUUGCCAAUGGAGAGGAUUAGAUGGUGAUCUCAAAAAACAUUUGAAGGCUGAACAUAUGGAUGUGUUACUUCAGCAAGACAACACUUAUGCUCACCAUUCAAAUAAGGAUUUUAAAGAUUAUUUAUUUCUUUAUGUUGAUGAUAUUUUCAUUUUGAAAUUAUAUUAUGAAAACGGUCAAGAUCUUAAGUUUGCUGUUUUACAUUAUCAAUGUAAAACAACUAGCAGGUAUAAAUAUGAUUUCAAAAUAAUGGGUUUUCCUUCAUUCAACAUAAGCAUAACUAUGUCAGAUGAGUGUCAAUCUGUACGAAAUUAUAAUGAUGUGAGAAAUGGGAAAUAUAGGAUUUCUUUAGUGCCUUUUAAUUUGUUGACACAAUUUAUGUUUGAAUUUGAACACUUGGAUUUCAAGUUCAAUCUCAAAUGUGAACAAUAAAGCUGUUAAUACAUCAUGCAGUACAACACUUAUGGAAUUGGUAUGGUUGUUGAUGAUUUGUGGAGAUGAAGAACUGCAAGAACAGUUAGUGAAAACACUUUUCCAUAUAGACUUUUUCUUCAAAGGAUUAUCACAAGGAAAAAGGAUGUCUUUCAGUGAUUUAUUUAAAAAGUAUUCAUAUUUUAUCAUUAAAAAUAAAUAUAAGGAAAAAGAA